UGAGCACACCAGUCAAAUGCGUCUAUCUCUCUCCUGUGUGUGUCUGUGAAUUUUCUCUCUCUAAACCCGCCUUUCCCUUUUCAAAAACCACACUCCUCUAAUCAAAAAACGUAAAACUCGAUAGAUACAAAAACCAAACCAGACCAAAAACCCUUGACAAUCUCUGAAAAUGGAGUUCGAAGAAGACCCAGUUGGUUUCUUCAUGAGUCUCGAUUGUUGGCCUCUAUCUCCGCCGACCCAAGACGAAGACGACAACAACGAAGACUCCUCUUCUUCUUCUCAGUCUUCCUCCGAGACCUUCAUGAUUGGUUUCUUAAUCGUCAACAUCGUCGGUCUACAACACUACUCCGGCACGAUCAGUGGCCGAGAAAUGGUGGGUCUGGUUCGCGAACCCCUCAAUCCUUUCGACGAGAACGCAAUCAAAGUGCUCAACACUCGGACCAUUCAAGUGGGUCACAUCGAACGCUCCGUAGCCAGGGUCCUCGCGCCUUUGAUCGAUCAGAAUUUGAUAUCUGUUGAAGGAAUCGUCCCCAACACUCCCGGAAGAGGCAACCGGUACAAGAUUCCCGUACAAAUUCACAUUUUUGCUCACCAGGAGGCAUUUUCCCGAGUCAAAUCGGAGAUUUUGCGAGGUGGGUUGCAGUUGAUUUCGAACGAGGAUGCGUCUUUUACUCUAUCUGAAUCGGUUGUGGUCAAGGAGAAGAGGAGCAUUAAGGAUGGGAAGAGUUUGGAUGAUAUAUUCAAAUUGGUGGAUGAGAAUGUGAGUAAAAAGUCUGCAAUGGAGGCUUUGGAGCCACCCAAAGAUGUUAUCAAAUCGGAUCUUUUUUUGCAUCAGAAGGAAGGUUUGGGGUGGUUGGUUCACAGGGAGAAUUCCUGCGAAUUGCCACCUUUUUGGGAAGAGAAAGAUGGGGCUUAUGUCAAUGUGUUGACUAACUAUCAGACCCAAAUGCGUCCCGAACCAAUGCGCGGUGGAAUCUUCGCGGACGACAUGGGAUUGGGUAAAACUCUCACUUUGCUUUCUUUGAUUGCUUUUGAUAAGUUUGGUGCCAUUCGGUCUUCAAUUGAUAGUGGUAGAGUAGAUACAGAACGAAGUGAGGAAUUAGAUGAAGAGAAUGCUAGACUGGCUGUUUCGGGUAGUAAGAAGGCGAAAAGGGGGAGUAAAAAUGAUACUAAUUCACGGAAGAAAAAAAGAACUGAAGAUAGCCAUUGGAAUAAAUUGGUGAAAGGAAAAUCUGUGGAUGGAUUAGAUAGAUAUGGUGGUGCUUCAUGUGUGAAAUCGACAUUGAUUGUGUGUCCACCAUCUGUAUUUGCAACGUGGGUAACACAAUUAAGAGAGCACACAAGACCAGGAAGGUUGAAGGUGUAUAUGUAUUAUGGAGAACGGACUCAGGAUGCGGAGGAGCUUCAGAAGUAUGAUAUAGUUUUGACAACUUAUAGUACUCUAGCCAGUGAAGAACAUUGGUCAGGAACACCUAUGAAGAAGAUAGAGUGGUGGCGAGUCAUUUUGGACGAGGCACAUGUGAUUAAGAAUGUCAAUGCUCAGCAAAGCCGUGCUGUCACUAGCCUGAAUGCUAAGAGGAGGUGGGUUGUUACGGGGACACCCAUACAAAAUGGGUCAUUGGACUUGUUCUCACUCAUGGCAUUUUUGAGGUUUGAGCCAUUCUCGAUUAAAAGCUAUUGGAAUAGCUUGGUUCAGAGGCCGCUUGCUCAGGGUAAAGUCAAAGGGCUCUCGCGGUUGCAGGUUCUAAUGGCAACCAUUUCUUUGAGGAGAACAAAAGAUAAGGAUUUAAUUGGAUUGCCACCUAAAACUAUUGAGAUUUGUUUUGUGGAGCUUUCUGCUGAAGAACGUGAGUUGUAUGAUCAGAUGGAAAAUGAAGCCAAGAGUGUUAUUGAGAACUAUAUCCAUGCUAAUAGUGUGACUAGCAAUUACUCAACUGUGCUUAGCCUACUUUUACGGCUUCGUCAAAUUUGUACAGAUAUAGCCUUGUGCCCGGCAGAUUUGAGAUCAUUUUUUCCAUCUAACAAUAUUGAAGAUGUAUCCAACAAUCCCGAACUGCUGAGAAAGAUGGUUUCUUUGCUGCAAGAUGGAGAGGACUUGGACUGCCCAAUUUGUAUUUCUCCACCAAAUGAUAUUGUUAUUACAUGUUGUGCUCACAUCUUUUGUCGAUCCUGCAUCUUAAAAACCCUCAAACGGACUAAACCCUGCUGCCCAUUAUGCCGCCGUUCAUUGUCAGAGUCUGACCUCUUCUCCUCCUCACUGGAAUCCUCUGACACAGACAACCCCAAAGUUUCCUGUUCUAGUACAUCUUCCAAGGUGUCUGCUCUCUUAAAACUUCUUUCAGCAUCAAGGGAUCAAAACCCAACUACAAAAUCAGUUGUUUUCUCACAAUUCCGGAAAAUGUUGAUUUUGCUUGAAGAGCCGCUAAAAGCAGCUGGUUUUAAGAUUCUGCGCUUGGAUGGCUCGAUGAAUGCAAAAAGGAGGGCUCAGAUAAUACAAGAAUUUGAAGUCCCAGCACCAGAUGGACCUACAAUUUUACUGGCAAGUCUAAAAGCUUCAGGUGCUGGAAUAAAUCUUACAGCUGCUUCUCGGGUCUACUUGCUGGAGCCAUGGUGGAACCCGGCAGUUGAGGAGCAGGCUAUGGACCGGGUCCACCGGAUUGGGCAGAAGGAGGAUGUGAAGAUUGUGAGGGUGAUUGCUCGAAAUAGCAUUGAAGAGAGGAUAUUGGAAUUGCAAGAGAAAAAGAAGACACUUGCUAGAGAAGCUUUUGGUGGGAGAGACCCAAAGGAUAGGAAGGAGAUUAGCAUAGAUGAUCUCCGAACUCUCAUGUCCUUGUGAGUUACUCUUACUCUUACACCACAUUUUUGUUGACAUGCAUGUUACUUUUGCUUACACUUGUAUGUAAAUAUUUUGUACACACUUGAAGCUUUUGUACUUUUUUGUUUGUGGAUGCAUGCACAACCACCCAUGCAUACAAAUAUUUAGCACAUGCAUAAGAUAAAAUCUCCUUUUGAACUUUUCCAUUGUCUUUUAUCAUCUGUGGGAAAGAAUGAAUGUAAGAAAAUGAACAUGCUUAUUCCGUCCCUUUUUGUUUUAUACUGUUGGGGCAAGAAUUGAGUACGAGAAAUGGAAAUUGGGUAGUAUAUUUUCGUGGUGAAUGAUGGGAUUUUUAGGCCCUUCAGAGUUUUAUUUUCUUUUUUCAUGAUCAAACAUCAUCUUCACUCGGUGCUGUCUAUUUGAAAGCCUUCAGGAGGGAGACUGUUGCUUGGUUGCAACACAUUGAAUAAGAAGCCUAUAGCCUCACUUUUUGUUCA